AUGUUUAUCUACAUCGCGGUGACUUUGGCAUUUCUGGUAGAGUCCUCUCUCUCAAAGCAGCCUUCAGCCCCUGAGGCGUUUGCAUCUCCUCUCAGGGAUUUGCGGUUUGGGCAGCUCAACUUCCUGCACACAACGGACACCCAUGGCUGGCAUGCCGGCCACUUACUGGAACCAUCUUUUAGCGCGGACUGGGGCGAUUAUGUCGAUUUCGCGGCACGGUUGAGGGAGAAGCUGGAUGCGGAAGGCCUUGACUUAUUGAUCGUCGAUACGGGAGAUCGCAUCGAGGGCAAUGGCCUCUAUGACGCAUCAGAGCCCAAAGGUCUCUUCACUUUCGACAUCUUUCGCGCGCAGCACAUGGAUAUCAUCUGCUCCGGCAACCACGAACUCUACCAGAAGAAUUCGUCCGAAAAUGAAUAUCUCAUCACUGCCCCGGCGUAUUUUGACAGCUAUCUUGCUUCUAACCUGGACAUCAUUGAUCCAAAUACGGAGCAACUAGUCCCCCUUGCGCAAAGGUACAAGAAGUUCACUACCAAGAAUCAAGGCAUUCGUAUCGUGAGCUUCGGCUUUCUCUACAAUUUCGACCGAAACUACAAUAACACGGUCGUCCAGCGAGUCGAGCAGACCGUUCAAGAGCCCUGGUUCCAAGAGGCCAUUCGUGAUCGGGACGUUGACUUGUUUGUUGUUAUUGGUCACGCUGCCAUACGGUCCGAGGAAUUUGAGAUCAUCUACAAGGCUAUCCGUUCAGUCCAGUGGGAUACCCCUAUCCAGUUUUUUGGCGGCCACUACCAUAUCCGGGACUAUCGCAAGUUUGACAGCAAGUCUUACGGCCUUGCGAGUGGCCGCUUCAUGGAGACUAUUGGCUUCCAGUCGAUCGACGGCCUCUCCACGAACAGCAGCCGCUCUACCACUGAGAAUCCCACCUUCUUCAGGAGAUACAUCGACAACAAUCUUUACUCAUUAUACCACCAUUCAGGCCACAAUGAAUCAACAUUUCAUUCCGAGAGGGGGCGAAACAUUACAGAAGCAAUCGGCGAAGCUCGUCAAGCGCUUGAUCUAGAUCAAACAUUUGGCUGUGCUCCCAAAGAUCUGUGGAUGAGCCGCGCGCCUUAUCCAAGCGAUGAUAGCAUCUUCUCGUGGCUGGAGCAUGAAGUCUUUCCUGGCGUUGUCAGCGAUGUCAGGCGAGACGAUCGGCCGCGCCUCGUCAUAUCUAACACAGGAGCAAUUCGAUUUGACAUCUUCAAGGGAGCUUUUACAAAGGAUUCAACCUAUAUUAUCUGUCCGUUCACCAGCGGAUUCCACUAUAUCAAAGACGUGCCAUACAGCAAAGCCAAACAUCUCAUCAACAUGCUGAACCGCGGAGGUCCAAUCUUUGAGAGUGUCGACCCAUCCUUCGCCAUGUGGAAACUGGCUCCACCCGAACAAAUAAGUGUCAAAGAAGACAUCGUCCUCUCUUCCGGAAACAGGUACCAUCAUUCGCAGAUGUUGCUCUCGGACGAUGAUGGCGACAGUCUAACUCCAGGCUACACCACGCAUGACGACUUGGGCGACGAUGGUGACGACACAAUUCACACCCCGAUAUCCUUCUACCAAGUCCCUAACUGCAUCCAAUCAACCAUCAACCCGCAGCCAGACACCAUCAACCUCGACACGGACGAGGACGUCGUCGUAGAUGUUGUCUUCAACGAAUUCAUCGAGCCGUGGAUCAUCUUGGCCUUCCGGUUCUUGGGGCUCGAGUACUCGGACGAUGAUGUGGACCAGUACAUGCCUGGAGAGAAUCUGACGACCUUGAUCGCCAAGUGGGUCGCCGAGAACUGGAAGGUCCAUUGUAAAUAA